ACAUUAUUAUUAUUGCAUUCUUGAACCUUUAUAUAUCGCUUCGGUAAAAUUGUUCAAUAAAUACUCUAUACAAUGUCAUUUAGUCAUUGACUGUCAAGUUCAAGUGUCAAUAAAAUAAAUUUAAUUUGAUGUGAUGAACUGAAAAACCUAUAAAUAUUUAAAUAUUGAAUGUAUAAAAGAUUAUUUUAAUUGAUACAAAGAAUUGAUAUGAAAUAUAAACGAAUUUACUGCAAUGGAAUUGUUUAAAACAGUCGUAUUACUAUAUGUACUGGCACAGCCAACAAAUCUACAACUUUUAAUAAAUGUGAAAAAUCAGGGUGGUGACGUUAUGCAGGAGAACAUAACGGCGAACGUAUCCGAAGACACGGUAACUCUGGAGUUUCAGAGGCUUGACGGCGUUUAUGUAUCCCAACUCGUAGACUUCACUAAUGAGGUGGAAGCUAUGAAGGUUGUGAUUCCUGGUGAAGAAGAGCUUGGUCAGACUGGCUACCAGACUCUAUGCUUUUUAUCACAUGCAGCACAGGCCGAUUUCAUUGCCCCAGAUGCUAUGGCUAAACUCAGACAGAAAAAUCCAGGCACAGUGCGUGUAGCGGAGGAAGACAAAGGUUGGCGGCAGACGACGGCGUCAGCGUGGGCGGGCCGCGCCACUCGGCUGCUAUCAGCCGCCGCAGCCGCGCAUUGCGCCGCCGCCCGCGACCGCGUCUACUUGCGGGCUGCUGAUCUCACCCGCUGGGCACCCAGACCUGGAAUGGACCAGUCCUCUUACAUGUCAGCAGUGACGCCAUUCCCGGCACAUGCACUGUCAUCAGAUGCCGCGGACGGUAAGCAGGCAGUCGCUGCUUGCGUCACAGAGACAGAUAUGGGCAAAGAGUGCAUCUGCCACUUGGAGAUUUGUGUCAACUGGUACCCUUGUGGGCUGAAGUACUGUAAAGGCAAGCCCCAGGGUGGUUUGAGUUACCGCUGUGGCAUAAAAACAUGCCACCGGUGUUACCGCUAUCACUUUUACGUGCGGCGGCGCGACGCCUGCUACAACUACACGUGACGGCGCGACCGCAGGCCUCUGAGCCCGCAGCCGCCUUCUCAGUGCCAAACUAUGCAUCUAGUCUUACUUGUAGUUUUCUUAUAUAUUUACAAAAAUGUAAUCUAAGCUGAGACAAUACUCUAUUUGUAACCUUUGUAAAUAUUUUGCUAAAUAUCUAUAGUAUUUUUAUGUAAGAAGCAAACAGAUUAAAUAACUUUUUGAAAA